UGUCAUUGUGUGUGUCAUAUGUUUAUGAUGUUCAGUAUGCACUUAGACACUGUUAGAUGAAAUGUGUGUGUGUGUAUAUAUCUACAGUAUCAUGCACACCUUUCUCGAUGAAACAGCUAUUCCUAUUUUCACUUUCGAUUCCAGGAAAUAGGAAGUAACUAUAAGCUUGCGAUCUGUUAUAUUCGUGUUACAUUCCUUGAUACUGUAUCUGUCUGUGUUUUUCCUAACUUGGACUUUCUACAGGCGGUUCAGGCUGCUGUUUGUAUUCAAGUGCAUGUUGUUUUUGUACUUAAUAAUUUCAAGCCGGAUAUCGACGCGGGUCGAUAUUGAGACAGACACAGCGCCAUUGAGCCAGUUGCCAGGAUGGAUUCAGACUCUGUGUUCCCCAAAUGUGUGGUGUGCAGCACCUCCUUCAGGUACAGAGGACCACAGCCGCACCUGCUUCCCUGUCUACAUCCUGUAUGUGAGGACUGUCUCAAGUCACCGGAAGUCACAACUCUGGACUGCUCUGUCUGCUUGAAGAGUCAUGAUAAAGAUGUCGGGAGUUUCCCAGUAGACGAUGUUGUUCUUGGUGACGUUCUCAACCAGACAAUGAAGCACCGACCGUCAAACUUCAAAUGUACCAACAAGAUGGAUGGGAACCAGGCAAUGUCUUGGUGUCAGGAAUGUGAGGACUAUUUCUGCGAGCACUGCCAUAUAUCUCACUCAGAGGUGAAAGCAACUAGGAAUCACACAAUGAAGUGGAUUUCUGAUCUUCCAUGUACAUCGAAAAUGUCCCAGUCCGUCUGUGAGAAACACGGACAACGUUUGGACGUCUACGAUAAAGACUGUGACUGUUUCAUCUGUUUCAAAUGCCACUAUGAAGAUCACGUCAGUCACGGUACCGACACAGCCAAUAUGUUCUUGAGUCGUGAACAAGACGUCUUCAAAGUUUACAUUAUAUCUGCUUCAGAGAAGAAGGAAAAGAUAAUUUCAGCAAAAGAAACGGUUCUUGCACAAGCAAGACAUAUUGACGAGAAGGCCGUUUCUCUCCGAGACACCGUUCAACACACUUUUUCUGAGCUGAGAGAUGUGAUAGAUCAGCGAGAGAAGGAGGUGCUUGUGGAGCUAGAUAAGAUUUUAGACUCCAUGAGGAAGAUCAACGACAGUCGACUCCCUGUCCUGAAGUCAUCAGAGACAAGCUGCCAGACAGUCCUUGACUACAUCAACGGGACUCUCCUCUCCGCCUCACCUUCCCAACUCCAUAAAGUGAAGAGUUCCAUCACACAGGCCUUUGAGUCUUGUAUAAAGGCUGACGUUCCUGCUGUUCACAAAUACGAACCGUGUGUCGUCUUCUCAAAGCAAGGUUUACCGGAUUUGAAAUCCUUAGUAUCAUCCUUUGGUGGUUUCAUGACUUCAGUUACCCAGACGGAAUCACCUCCGGAAGCAUCACUUAAAACAGGCCUUCAGAUGAAACUGGAAGCAGAUAUUGAUGAACUUCAGACACAGAACAGAGAGGCUCAGAGGCUAAUCAGUGCACUGGAAAAGGAAGCCUCUCAAAAUGAACAGAAGGUGAAGACUUUGCAGGAGGAUGUAUCCAGACUUCAGGGGAUCGUAAUUCAGUUGCAUCCCAUGGGCAACGACAAAGACACUUGGCUACAUGUGCUUGGUACAGUGAACAGAGCCCCACAUGUUGUUCUAUGUCCAAAGAUGAUGUUUGAUUCCGACAGAGUAAACCUGAACAGAAGACACAUUAAUGACAAAGGCCUUCUCGUCAACACCAAACAUCUUCAAUGGAGAAGAGUGGGCACUAGUGGGAAGAUGUUCAAGAACUACUGCGGCACCUGCAGCAUCUCCCCACUGCCCUCUAGCGGCCUGGUGUACUGGGAGGUGGAGGCGGAUGUGGAACUGGACAAGCCUCUGGGUGAUCGGGAGCUUGUGUUGGAGGUCGGGGUGUGUGGAGAGGAUGUCAUGGACAGUAGUCAUUAUAUCGGCGGUCAGCCUAAUUCAUGCAGUCUGUACAUAUCAAAUGGUGAGAAUGAUGUGAUAAGGUAUAUAGCUAUUAAUGGAAAGGAUGCAGCAACAGCUAAAGUGUUUGAGAAUAAGGCAGGAACAUCUGUGACAUUAAAGUACGGAGUUCUUGUUGAUACUGACAAGAUGGCGGUAUCCUUCCUGGACACCAACAACAGAGAAGGUGUUGGGAUCUGGAUGUAUUGUUGACAACAAGCCACAACAUGGUGCUGGAUACAAGAAGAAGAUGUGGCCUGUAUUUGCAGUUUAUAGUAACCCAAAGAGAGUUGAAAUGAAACUCGUGAGUGGACCGGAUCUACAGAUGGAAGACUGGAAGAAGAAGCUUCUCGAAGACGCCAGCCAUAUGUGUGCUGAAGGGGAUUGAUACCGUGGCUACAAUCACUACUUCCGUGCUCAACGUUAACACUGGUAGACAUCACAAUCACAGGAAGUGCACCUGUUUUUGGACAUUUGCCUAAAUGUUAAAUAUGUGCAGAGAUUAUACAUGACUGACUCAUGACGUUUUGUGCAUAAUUGGCAAAGAAAUCUUAUCUGCUGUUUUCGUGGAAAAAAGAACUUGCUACAGGGGAUUUGUUUGAAAGUAUAUUUAAUAAGCAAUUGGAGAGUUGCUGUGGGUUUGUUUCAGGAUAUUAUUGUUUCUUUGUGAUUGGGUCUGUUAAUGAGGAUUGAAAUGUGAAUCUGUGCUGACUAUAAAUCUAUCUGACAUGUGAAUGCAUGAUCCUCAGCCCUCAAAAAGAAUUAAACAAAAUGAUAGAAAGAUAAAUAAUACGUUGGCUCGCAUAUGAUAAGUGUUAAUCGCAUGUUGAUCAUAUGAGUUGUGAUAAGUCACCUAAAGUCAAUAUCACAGCCUUAGAAUGCAUCUUGACCAAAACGUAUUGGUUUUGAAAUUAAUCAAAUGAAUAGUCAGUUGUAUAAUCAAACCAAGAUCCAGGUUGUAAUUGAUUCAAGAUAGUAACGGUUGCUAUCUCCCAUGAAACCCCUUUGUCCCUUGAUCCGUUUGACCAUUGAACACUUCUUGUAUCAUUUUGGCGUCGAUGGGGUAAUGAAACAAAUAUGAACAUGAAACAGACACCAGUAUAACACAAGCAAGUACUUGGUUUGGCUUAUACGCUUUAAGCACCAACAGUAUGUGUAUCAAGCACAUGGCUGCUCUGUGUCUGUGUCCUUGUCUGGUAGGGUUGUAUCAGACGCCGAUCGGAUUUCUUUUGUAAUAGAUUCAUGUUUGGCACAUGGCUGAAUGUCUCCACUCCCGAAAAGCAGAAAAAUCAGGGCAGCCAGAGAAAACGACCCAAAUCCGGUGAAAAACGCAUACUGCCAUUCUUGUCGCGUUCCCUGCAGAAGAAAAAUACAUUCGUGAGACAAGUCUGUGUCGAUGAGCCCAGGUUUUGUGUGACAGAUGCAGAACGUCGCUGGUUUAUUUGUUGAUUUACUCUCUGAUAAUACAAAUGUAUAAGAGAGAAAAGGGGACGAGAGAAGGUCUGGGCGAGUCGAAUAGACCUGGAGCAUUUUUCUAUUCGUACUUUUGUGUAAACAACCCCUUUUGCAGCGACAUUUACAAAUAAGUUGUUUAACAAACUAUCAUUAAACUUUUUACACAGUUCACUAUUUGUUACGAGGGAGGAGUGCAAAGAAAGAAACAGCUUGGUGUACGUGAAGCAAAAUUUUAAUGAUAGUUUGUUAAACAACAUCUUUAUUUUUCGGACAUGAAUUCUGCCAAAAAAUCACAGAGUUGGUCUGAUGUUUUGAUUAUGAUCAGUGUUUCACUGAGUAUUACAUGUGUAUUAGUUUUCGAGUUAGAUUGCAAUUCAUCGGUCCGCUUUUGAGCCAAACGGACGAUAACAUAAUCCAACAGAAUUCACUUGAUUUCUGAUUUGUGUAACCUAACCGUAACAACUGAUAAAAUCGAAGAUCCAUAUUUUCUGUGGUACUAAAAUUGAGAAAAGGAGGAAAUCUAUUUUGAGUAAUGUUUUUAUUUUAUUUUGUGUAUUGAUAUUGAUUGUGUACAGAUCUGUUAAAUGUACGUUAACCCAAUCUGUGUAUAUAAUUUCACCCCGUCGCUUUAACACAACAGUAAAAACAAUACUAGUUUAUUGAUGUGAUUCAUGUUAAAUUGAUUGAAAAAUUAAUAUACAGUUUCUUUGAGACAUAUUGUCAUUAAAGAUGAUACACCUUUACAUGUUUUAUGGUACACUUGCAGAUUACCAUUUCAUAUGUUGAUACAAUCGCGUUACGUUUAGAGAGAAAUUGUCAGUAAAAAGAAGAAACCAU